AUGCACCGCCGCGCCGCAUACACUAAGAGUCGGAGUCGUUACAAGAUGGAAGACGACCACACUUUUCCUCAACGUGCCGCAGGCAAGAUCUUGACACCAAAUCCCACCACAGAGUCGAAGCAGCGUGCAGCUGGUCCAAACUUUUUUCGUGAUGGGGAGAAUGUACAGUUCAUGUGGGCUAAUUGCCUUUUGGAGCAGACCUUUUCAGAAAACAUCCUCCGACUGAAGGUUCAAACAAUUCAUCAGGUCCACCGAACGGCGCAGACACAUGAUUCCGUGAUGCAUCAGUUCGUCACGGAGGAAGACUCACAUGGUGAAUUGUGCUUUGAGAUUUUCUUCAUCACCGAUCACAUCUUCCGCGUGCGAUUUGCAGGGCAGCAAAGCACCCUGAGUGCAUUAACAGAUGAACCUGAGUACCCACCUCCAGAGGCGCGCAUGCUAGCUCAUAUCCCCAAAAUUAAUCUUGCGACUAUUUCUGAGAGAGCAAAUGGUUGUAUUGAGCUCUCUUCUGCAAGUGUGCGGGUCUGCAUUCAACCGAGCCCUUUUCGCCUGCUCGCUUACCAAAAGGAUACAACGGUGCCAUUCUGGAAGCAGCGCCUCAGCGACCUCUUUACCAGCGAUAUAGUCCCUACCUCAAUUGCAAGCCACCAAGGUCGUGAGGCUGUCUUUGAGUCGUUUGUUCUCGAUCCACAAGAGGCGGUUUUUGGUCUGGGCGAGCGCUUUGACGGAGUCGAGCGAAGGGGAAGGCGGGUGGACUUUGUCAAUCACGAUGCUAUCGGCACCAGCAACACGCGUACUUAUAUAAAUGUCCCCUUUUUCUGGACCACAAAUGGAUACGGCUGUUUUGUGAACUCGAUUGCUCGCACGGAAUGGGAUAUGGGUGCGAGUGAGUCCGGAACCCUCGGUUUCUCGACAGAGGAGAAGUUCAUGGACUAUUUCAUUAUCUCGGGGCCCUCACCAAAGGAAAUUUUGUAUCGCUACACUCACGAUCUGACUGGGACCGCACCAGUGCCUCCCAUAUGGUCCUUUGGGCUCUGGCUGAGCCGGAACUCUUACCAAACCUGGGAGGUGGUCGAUGAAGUGGUCAAGUGUGCCGAGGAGCAUGAUUUGCCAUUCGACGUGAUUCACCUCGACACCUCAUGGUUUCAAGAGGAUUGGAAUCCUGAUCUCGAAUUUGGGGAUCGAUUCCCUGAACCAGAAAAGAAGAUGGCCGAGCUUCGAGAUAAGGGAAUCCGCGUGUCACUGUGGCUAUACAAUUUCGUUCCCUCUCGUGAAGAUAAUCGGCUGUACAUCGAAGCUUGCGAAAGUGACUAUUUGGCACACGCUCUCAAGCCAGACGGGUCUCGCAGCAAAGACUUUUUCUACUACCCACCCGGGACCACUGGCUGGAAGACCGACGAUAUAGCCAUCGAUUUUACCAAUCCCCGCGCCACAGACUGGUACGGCCGAAAAGUUGAGAGGCUUAUUCGGCAAGGUGCAUCCGCCAUCAAAACCGAUUUCGGUGACUGCAUCCCAGCUGAAGCCUCUUAUCUCAACCUUGCGGGCCGCCGACUGAACAAUCUGUACAGUCUCGUUUACAACGCAGCCGUACGUAGCCAUGUUAUGGAGUGCAACACUGAUACAGCUCAGUGGGCUCGAAGUGGCACGGCGGGCAGCCAGCGCUAUCCAAUUCACUGGGGUGGCGACUCACAAUGCUCCUGGUCAGCCCUUCAAGGAAGCCUCCGAGCUACGUUGGCAAUUGGCGUUAGCGGGUUUACUUUCUUCAGUCACGAUCUUGGUGGCUUCAUCGGCAAGCCAACUCCUGAGCUUUACAUUCGAUGGGCCCAGCUGGCGGCGUUCAGCAGUCAUGUCCGCUCGCACGGAGUGGGUGACGAGAACGGCCGGGAGCCAUGGUUCUUUGGGCAAGAAGCUGUAGAUAUUGUUGGAUCGUUCAUGCGACAGCGCUAUCGUAUGUUGCCGUACAUCAUCGAACAGGCGCAUCUCAGUUCAAAGGCUGGGCUACCCAUGGUCCGUAGCUUGGUGCUGGAGUAUCCUGUCGAUCGCAAUGUCUGGGGUCUUGAGAGCCAGUAUAUGUUCGGCUCGGAUAUCCUAGUAGCUCCGACCUUGCAGCCGAUUGAAGAAGCAAACGUACAUGCCAUCUACUUGCCAGAGGGAGUAUGGUACGGGUUUUGGGACAAGAGAAAGUUCAUCAGCCAUGGACAAUGGGUUGAAUUCGUUAUGGCCCCCUUGAGUCAGAACUAUGCUUUUAUCAAAAAUGGUGCUAUGUUGUGUUGGACCGCUCCAAGGAAGCGGACGUACAACCAUGUGGGCACUAUCGAGAAAGUAGAGCUAUAUGGCCAACGCGAUGGCCCUUGGACAUGUGGCGAUGGACAAGGAGCUACGGUGAGCGUGAUAGGAGAAGAAGGCAAAUGGACCGUACUUGAUCGGGAGAAUGUCAAAAUUGAGACAUUUAAAUAG